AUGGAGCCCGGCAAUUAUGCCACCUUGGACGGGGCCAAGGAAAUCGAAGGCUUGCUGGGAGCCGGAGGGAGUCGGAAUCUGGUCGCCCACUCCCCACUGACCAGCCACCCAGCGGCGGCGCCUACGCUUAUGCCCGCUGUCAACUACGCCCCCCUGGAUCUGCCAGGCUCUGCGGAACCACCAAAGCAGUGCCACCCAUGCCCCGGGGUGCCCCAGGGGGCGUCCCCAGCUCCGGUGCCUUACGGCUACUUUGGAGGCGGGUACUACUCCUGCCGAGUGUCCCGGAGCUCGCUGAAACCCUGUGCCCAGGCGGCCACCCUGGCCGCCUACCCUGCGGAGACUCCCGCGGCUGGAGAGGAGUACCCCAGCCGCCCCACCGAGUUUGCCUUCUACCCGGGGUACCCGGGACCCUACCAGCCUAUGGCCAGUUACCUGGAUGUGUCGGUGGUGCAGACCUUGGGCGCCCCUGGGGAGCCUCGCCAUGACUCCCUGCUGCCUGUGGACAGUUACCAGCCCUGGGCCCUCACCGGUGGCUGGAACAGCCAGAUGUGUUGCCAGGGAGAACAAAACCCACCGGGUCCCUUCUGGAAGGCGGCAUUUGCAGACUCGAGCGCGCAGCACCCUCCAGACGGCUGCGCCUUCCGCCGUGGCCGCAAGAAACGCAUUCCCUACAGCAAGGGGCAGCUGCGGGAGCUGGAGCGCGAGUAUUCGGCAAACAAGUUCAUCACAAAAGACAAGAGGCGCAAGAUCUCGGCGGCCACCAGCCUCUCAGAGCGCCAGAUCACCAUCUGGUUUCAGAAUCGCCGGGUCAAGGAGAAGAAGGUCCUCGCCAAGGUCAAAACCAGCGCUAUUCCUUGA